GAUUAAUCGAUAUACAAUUUGCUUGCUUUUUGCUCGGAAAUCGAGCUAGAUUCACGAAUUAGAGGUGAAAGAUAUGAUGGAUGGAUCCCGCAUGAGCUUGAAGGAUCUGACCAUCGACUGCCUGCUCCGCAUAUUCGACUAUUGCUCGGAGGGGGACCUACUGUCCCUGUGCCGGGCGGACCAGGCUCUGGAGUAUAUUAUUGAAGCCUACUACUUCUACCCACUGGCCUACGAUUUGCUGCUCUGUGGCCACCGGAAUAAUCCAAGGAUCGAAAAGAGAAACCGAAGACGCCUGACAAACUAUGAACGCAUCGAAGUGUCAAGGAACUGGGUUAGUGGCACCUAUUUCGAACGACCCUACUUCCACCAUGCCCAGAUGUUCCCCACCAAACUGUGCCUGGAGGCCGACUUUCUGUACAUCACACAUGCCUGCUAUCUGCGCAAGUACCGACGGGCCAGCUGUGAUGCACUGCAUCGUCGCUUCGACGAGGAGAUCUAUACGUCCGCACAGACCGACAUCUCCGAUUUCGUCAAAAAGAAUGAAACCAUAUUCGCGGGACGGGUUUGUGGAUCGUGCUUCCACUACGAUACCGAUAGCAUGGUGAUGACGGAGCAGAGGAUGCAUCCGGCCAACGAGUACUUGUACUGCGUAGACUUUGUCAAGGAUCUGUACGCAACCAGCACAGAUCACUGCUGCAGACUGUGGCAGCGUGCGGAGGAGUUUGGAAUGACGCAUUUUGAUCAGGUGAUGAAUCUGCCGCACGCCUUUAGGUCUCUGGAACUGAGUUCGGAUGGCCAGUGGCUGUAUGGGGGACUCUACACUGACGACGGUCGCCAGGCCCUGAGGGCAGUCCAUGUUGAAAGUGGCGAGGAAUUGGUGUUCAGUUCCAAAACAAUGUCAAUUUACGACCUGAAAUUGAAAGAUGACCAGGUCAUUUUCACUGCCAACUUCGACAGCACGUUUCGGAUGUUUGACCGACGCGUGGAUCGCGAUGUAGCCAUUUGGGAUGAUCCGUUCGACUCCUCCUUCUACUCCUUGGAGUACGAUGGUCUGCAUGCGGUGCUGGCCGGCACCAACAGACAUGCACGGGUCAACCUUUACGAUAUAAGAAUGAAGAAAUACGUACAAUUGUACUUUCCGGGAAGGACGCGGAAUCAUAAUGGCUUGUCGCCAGUGUACAGCCUAGCCUGUGAUAGCCAAUAUAUGUUCGUGGCCACCGAUCACAAUCUCCGCGUCUUUGACUUUAAAGCAAGCUGUGGACUUCGGAGAGACUACAGCAAUAUUGUGUACAAACGUAGUGAUAAUUAAUCACAUUGGAUUACCCAUAUUAAAAAUAUGCCAAAUGUUAUACAUUCAUUAUUUUGAAGAAACCAAAUUCGCCGUACAAAUAUACAUUCAAGAUGUCUGGUGAUUUCCCGUAAAGCCUACCAUUAGUUCUCAUCAGAACAACUCGUGUUUAGUUUAUUACGGAAUUUGUUUAGAAUAACACGAACCUUAACAAUAAUUGUAUAAGUUGGCAAAGGUAAAGAGAAGGCUUUUGAUAAUAAAAUUAAUUUGAUACAAGAA